CUUCGACAUUGAACAUUGCACUCGAUGCUGGCAGCGAGGACGACGGCGACGCGUACUGCAGCGCGGCUAGCGCGGUCGUUUGCGACGGUGGUCGAUUCGGCUGGGGUCAAGGUCGCUGCGGUUGACUAUGGCCAGCCUACGUCUGCUGUGACGGUCCUCGUCAAGGCCGGAAGCAGGUACCAGACGACACCGGGCGUCGCGCAUGCCCUGAAAAACUUUGCAUUCAAGAGCACGGCAAAACGGUCGGCUUUGGGGACGAUUCGUGAAGCGGAGUUGUAUGGCGGUAUCUUGUCCUCAAGCCUUUCGCGGGAGUACCUUGCGUUGACGGCCGAGUUCUUGCGAGGAGAUGAAGAGUACUUCGUUGACCUUCUCUCCUCCUUCGUCACUUCCGCCAAACUCACUCGCCAUGAAAUGGCAGAGCUCGUCCUCCCCGUCACAGAGUCCGAGAGCACCCUUGCUCAGCAGGACCCCGCGACCCGUGCCCUGGAGCUCGCACACACCCUCGCCUUCCGCUCCGGCCUCGGGUACUCUCUGUUCGCGCCUCCCCACAGCCACCUGACGAGCGAGGACGUGCGGUCGUUCGCCUCGACCGCGUUCAGCAAGGACGGCAUCGCGUUCCUCGGCACGGGCAUCGACCAGUCCGCUCUGUCGAGCCUCGUGCAAAAGCAUCUCGGCGGCGCACAGCUCUCGGGCAGCGGCUUCAAGGCUUCGCCAUCCGCUUAUCACGGCGGGGAGACGCGCGUCGAGCUCGCGACGGGCAAGCAGACCGUUUUCAUCGGUUACGGCACGACGACGCCCUCGGCAGAGCUCGCCGCGCUGUCCGCGCACCUCUCCGCGGAGCCGUCGGUGAAGUGGGCGCAGAGCACGUCGCCGGCCGCGGCCGGCUUGCCUUCGGGCACGACGGUGCAGUCGGUGUACCUCCCAUACUCGGACGCGGCGCUGUUCGGUAUCCUCGUCCAGGGUCCGACGGCCGAGGCGGUGAAGCAGGCCGGGCAGACCGCUGUGAAGGCGCUGAAGGAGGCGACCGGGUCGGGGCUCAAGGCUGAGGAGCUGAAGAAGGCGGUGGCAAAGGCCAAGUUCCAGGCCGCGAGCGCUACUGACCGUCGGGACAGCAUCUUCUCUGUCCUCGGUUCCAAGGUACUCGCUGGAUCGGAGGCAUCGGCGGACAGCUUAAUCUCGUCGCUGGACAAGAUCGACUCGGCCGCUUUCUCAAAGGCGGCUUCUGCUCUCGUCAAGGCGAAGCCCACGUACGUUGCGGUAGGACAUGUGGACGCCCUCCCCUAUCCUGAUGAAUUGGGUCUUUGAGCAAUAUUAGAGUGCCUGUAAUUAGAUGGUCUAAAGCACCUAAUAUUAUUCGUAUCUUUUCUCAUAACCCCGCCG